AUGUUAAGGCGGAUUUUCAGAACUAGUAUACAAGCGCCCCUUCGGGAUGUUGGGCUGAUUCCCGAACUUGCCCACCAUAGGAGAUAUGUACAUGCCAGUUGUAUUGCAAAAUACGAAGUUCCUGGUGGUGGGUCGUCAGAACAUCAGGUAUCACCACGAGCAAACCGGAAGGAGCUUCCAAAGAUGUCUUUGGCAGAGUUCCAAGCAUUGAGAGAUAAGUACCAUGGAGAAAAGAAGAGGUAUGAGAGGCAAACCACCAUUUAUUAUUCGUUAUCCAUGAUGAUGAUUUUCCUUGCAUUAUCGUAUGCGAGUGUCCCCUUGUAUCGUGCAAUUUGUCAACGUACUGGAUGGGGUGGUACACCAAUCACCGACAAGAGCAGGUUCACGAGGGACAAGCUAACUCCAGUAGCUACAGAGAGAAGACUGCGGGUAUCCUUUACGGCGGAGACAAGUGGUGCGUUACCAUGGAAGUUUGUACCGCAACAAAGAGAAGUUUAUGUUGUCCCCGGAGAGACUGCCUUGGCCUUCUACAAAGCCAAGAAUAUAAGUGACAAGGACAUUACUGGCAUGGCCACAUACUCAGUGACUCCCGAUCAUGUAGCGCCUUACUUCAACAAGAUCCAGUGUUUCUGCUUUGAGGAGCAGCGGUUGGCCAAGGGUGAGGAGGUUGAUAUGCCCUUGUUUUUCUUUAUCGAUCCAGAGUUUUCCAGAGAUCCGGCAAUGAGAAACAUCGAAGAUGUUGUGUUGCACUAUACAUUCUUCAAGGCAAAACACGACGAACAACACGACCAGUUGUUUAGUGAAGCUGCCAAGAGGAAUGAGAACCAAACGAAAUGA